UCCACGAGGCGCUCACCUUCUUUUCUGACAGGCAUUACUACGGUCGCCUGCUGGUCCUUCUUCCUUUUCUACGUCGCUGAGCGAGGCCGCCGUCAAGAUGAACGACACGGUUACAGUAAGGACACGCAAGUUCAUGACAAACAGACUGCUUCAAAGGAAGCAAAUGGUUGUCGAUGUUCUGCAUCCGGGCAAGGCCACAGUCCCAAAGACUGAAAUCAGGGAGAAACUUGCCAAGAUGUACAAGACCACCCCCGACGUGGUGUUCGUCUUUGGGUUCAGGACUCAGUUUGGUGGCGGCAAGACAACAGGUUUCGCCAUGGUCUACGACUCCCUAGAUUACGCUAAGAAGAAUGAGCCAAAACACAGACUGGCCAGGCACGGUCUCUAUGAGAAAAAGAAGACCUCAAGGAAACAGCGCAAGGAACGCAAGAACAGAAUGAAGAAAGUACGAGGCACCAAGAAAUCCUCUGUGGGCGCUGCCAGCAAAAAGAAAUGAAGUGUCAGGUAUAAAUAUAUAGAGUAGGAGCAUGGAGUGCCCUUGUGCUGCACAUCCACAGCAGAUACUGGAGGUUGGAGUUGUACCAUGCAUGUCCCACCCAGUUUACCCUCCCCUUUAGUGUUUCCAACCCCCCCGUGGUAGGUUCUUCCUUUGCCUCAGGCCUUCCUACCAUUGGACCGUAGUAGCUACGAUAGCUUAUGUUUUAACCGACACUUGCUGUCAAGCGGAACACAAGUGUCUGGUUUUUCUGUGUGGAGCAGCCUUGCCAGCGUGUCCUUACCUCACCACGAUGAAACGCAAUGUUUCAUGUUUCCAGGCAUCGUACCAUGUUAGUCAUUAUUCAUGUGCUCCUCGGAGGUUCACUCAAGUCUUCGUCCCAAUACCAGGAAUAAAUAUUACAAAUAAAGCUUGGAGUAAUUUUGGCUUGUUUUGUCUCCCCUCCCAGUGAGCCCAGCCAGCCCGGGAUGGUCUUCAUGCUCAAGAUGUUCUUGUAUAUUGUCCUCAAAUAAAAGUUUGGAGAAAAAGA